AUGGAUGGAACGGAGCCUCCUUCAACUUCCAAGGUGAUCGUACAAUGUGUUGAUCCCCACAAUCUGUAUGAUUUCGUCGAGCCUCAUCUGUCGGCCAGGAGUCCUCUUCGGAAUUUACACUGGAAAUCCCCCAACCGGCCGCUGCGAUCCAUACCAUACUUGAAUGUAUCCAUUACUCGAGAGGACACCUCUGCUGGGUCGCAGUCCCACAUUCGCAGGCACCAAAUCCCCGGACUGCGCCAGACGCCGUAUGUCAAACUGUACUUAUUACGAUGCGAUGACAAGGAAACAUACAAGGAGAGGGCCAGAAAGGAGGUCCGCCAGUGGGUCAAGGCACAAGCAUCCACGAUUGAUGGGAAGCCGUCUGGCAAGGCCCAAGAAGACCACGAUGCCUUUGAAUGGCUAAUUGUUCAUGUUGUGCUUCCCAAUACCCCAGCGGCUACUCAGCCUAAAUCGGCCAAGCAUAUCUCCCUUGAAACGACAGACAGUACCGACAGCAUCAACAGUAAGUCAAAAUGGUCUGGCAAGAGUUCGUCGACAAUCCUCGACAAGUUGAGGGCCGAUUUCAACAGCAUCUCCAAGUCAUCCAUCAACCGCGUUGCCCAAGUCAGGCUUGUGGAACCCAACGUCAAGUCCACGGCGCUGGCACCUGCAGAUCUCGAAGAACAAUGGCAAGAGUUGGUCGAGAGCCUCAAAGCGUGCAUUUUACGCUCAUUUGACGCCCGUGUGGCUCAAUACGAAGGCGACAUUCGCGAAAGGGACAGCCAGAGGAACUUGCCAGGCUGGAACUUCUGCACGUUUUUUGUGCUCAAAGAGGGCCUGGCAAAAGGAUUUGAAAGCGUAGGAUUGCUAGAUGAUGCCCUGGCCAUCUACGACGAGCUUUCUCUUGGACUCGAUGGACUAGUGAAAGAGCAGGUUCAAAGAAUCGACCACGAUGAUAGCGGUGCACUUCUGAGGUUUUCUAAGGAAACAAAGGAUCUUCUACGAGCGGCGCUUGACCCUCAGUCUUCUUCAGCUUCGACACCCGGUGCUGAGGUGAUAUUCAGCCUCGAACACAUCCUUAAUGAUGAUCGCAACGAGUUUCCUUUUGAUGCAGACCGGAAAAACUACCUCGGGCUUAUUUUGUCCAACGAAGUGUCUGCCCUUGAUCUCCGGAUAUACCUCUUUACACGACAGAUGGAGAUGCUUCUCAGGCAAGGACAGGCGAAUAUCUCCAAGUCUGCGCACUCAGCCAAGCCCGCGGCCGAUCUGAAUGUCAUUGCCAAUCUCACAGAACGUGCGAUUCAGUCCAUCAAUCUAAUCGCCCGUAACCUUCGCUUAGAACUUUACAAUGCUUGGGGAGGACAAGAGGGUCUAAGUCCCGAUGAGUUACAUUCCCAAAGUACGGUGACUGGGAAUAUUGUAUCGACAUGGGAAUGGCGUGCAUGUAUGCAAGUACUCUCUCGAGUCUUACCGACCCUAGGGAUAGACAGAGGGCACGGCACUGUGGCUUUAUCCCUUGAUGCGGUCGAACUUUCUCUUGACAUUGACAAGAGGUCACCCAGCCAGUCUGAGGCAGAUCGUAGCCCCCAGAGGAUGUCGUCGGCUAUUGUUUUACACCCUCCUCCACACGAAAACUCACAGGAGCACAGUAAAAGAGUGUCGUUGAUGUCGAACAGCACAAUUCCUCGACAUCAUCUCAUGUCGCGUCCUGGAUCCGAGCAACUGGCAUUGUGGAUUUCGAGACUUGUGAUGCUGGCAAGACAUGCCAUGGAAUCCCUGGAAAUUACACGGCCAUGGGUCGUUGAAAUGAAACAAAUUGCCAUGAAUGCAGGUAUCAUUGGCAAUUCUCAAGCAAAUGGUCGUGUGGACGAGGAGUUCAGCUCAGCCGACGAUCCUCAGCCGCGAAAAGUACACCAGGAAUCAACAGCUGGUCUGGGAUCGAAGACCUUACAGGCAGCCACUGCGUCUCAAUCCACGUUUUCACACCUGUAUGCGCUCUUGUCAGUCCUUGCAUAUCGAACAGCGGUUGAUGCAAAGAAUCACGCGACCGCCAAACAGAUCUUGACCAAUCUUGCGGAAAUGGAGUACAGGCAAGGUAACCAGACAAUCGUUGCUCGGUACCUCCACAGUCUUCUCGGCCCGUUACCACGGCCGUCUUGUCGCCCGAUAGAUGGCUAUCUGCUUCGCAUCUAUGCAGAUUGUCUAGGUAAACUUGAAAGGACAAACGAAUACGCUCGAUGCCUCAUCUCAUACUUGUAUUGGGCGUCUCGAUGCCCUGCGGGUACUCUUUCAACGACCUGUCUCGCCACGAAUCAAUCAUACGUUGACCGGCUUUUCGAGGUAGCACCAACCCUUGCAGCGACAACUCUGCCGCUAACGACUUUGUUCCACGUCUCGAGCGUCUCCAGAACAAUAUCCAAGCUGGAGGGUAGAGAUGGGUUUGCCAUGUCGAUAGUCAUUCACUCCCUGGCCGGUACAUCAACUCCGCCGUUGGAAAAUAUCAAGAUGCGGCUAGUCUCGAAAGAUGGCUCUGAGCCCCGAUUCCUUACCUUGAAGCUGCGCGGCGAGUCCAGCAUCGAAGCUGGCGGGACCAAUAUCUUGCUGGAAACUUCGGUGACUACGCAUGGCUGGUAUACACCGGAUGAAGUCGAAUUGCAUCUGGGCAACUUAAGGUUUUUGCAUCAUUUUCUAAAGUCCCAUGAGGAGGAGUUCGCAGACCCCGAUGAGUCGGCCCUUCCUCGAUCAAACAUUGCUCCAGUGCUUGUCUAUCCUUUCUUCCAGUCCCUUGAAGUCAGGAUAACUCCUUCUCCACACAUCCAUCUAGCGCAGAUACGCCGCCUCCUCGUUAAGAUCCGCCCCGGAGCAAACGAGGUGAAACAGUGUAAAUUACGAUUGAAAACUGCUACUGCAGGAUUGAGACUCAAUAUUCACGAUGCCCGAUGGCUGGAUGGAACACGUCGUUCGGUUGCUCUACGGACAGCGCGGGAGGGUGAUGCUCUCAUACUAGUUGUCGAUGAACUGAAAUCCGGAUCACUAACCGAAGUGGAAAUUCCAUAUACGACCGAAGUUCCUUCCGAACCAUCGGUGAUCCUACGUGUUGAUGCCAAUUACGAGACCAGCCAGGGAGUAUUCACUCUGUAUGAUACGGCCUUCAUCAAUGUGAUCUUACCAGUUACUAUCAACGUACAGGACAUUUAUAGAAGUGGAUACAUGUACUCACGGUUCACCGCCAUCCCAGCGACACUAGUUCCUUUGCAUCUUGUGAACUGCUAUUUGGAGGACAACGAAGCAUAUAUGGCAGAUGCGGGACACGGGUUUCCAGAGCCGCUGGUGGUUUUCCCCAAGCAGCCGGCAAGCUGGACGGCUCGCCUCGUCCCCAAACAUGAAGAGGUGCUUAAGUCAACGCAACGGAUGACCCUGUCAGUUGAUUUUCAAUCGUUGGACGAGGUUAUGUUGGCUGCGCUCGAAGAGAGCUUUACGUCAGCAAUCUUGAAGACGCGCUAUGCAUACACUGCAAGAUUACUCGUCACGCAUUUGCGGAACCGAAUACGCGCAGUUUGGACCGAACAGGACCUGGAAGUGGCAGGGCUUUCACAAGAAGUCGAAAUCUGGAACUUCCAGGACAUGAACUGGUUUGCCGUGCUCUGUGCAUUUGACCGGCAAUUGAGCGCGGAAAUCGAGGGAUGGCUUCAGAUGUGGCACGCCGACACCAAGCCCCUUAGGCUCACCAAGGCGGCACGUCAGCGACAGCUCAAGCUUUAUGUGGAUAUAUCUCCUCCCCCGGUCGUCGUCAUGGCUGCCAUCGAGUCGAGUCGACUGCACACGGCCACACUCGGACAGCCAUUGGCGGCAGAACUGGUGAUCAGCCUGGGCAAUCAGAGAGAAAAAGAAGUUGAAGCAGCCUUUGAGGUAGCGGCACCCACGGACUCAUGGCUGAUUGGGGGAAGACGUAAAGGCAAUGUGCAGUUGACCAGGCAGCCCGCUCGCAUUCCCAUUGUGCUUUUCCCUCAACACCUAGGACACGCUCUGCUGCCCAUCAUCACCGUCAAAUGCCGGAAAUGGGUUAAGGCUGAUGGUAGUGGAGGUGAGGGGUGGGCCGAAGUCCCGUGCGAGGUACACAACACGACACACGGGCGCAGUAUCUUGGUGACGCCAGGUCUUCGGAGCACAACGGUAGAGGUGUUCGGGGCAGGGCCGGAUGAGGGGACAGGACGGCUAAUAUCAAGCCAGAGUCGUUGA